AAAUUACGCGUCACUAACAAAUUAUUGCCUUACCGUACAUGUAACCUUAUCCCCAACUGGUUUAUCCUCCACUGUGUUUGUUACUGGCGGGUCUCAGCUCAAUAACGAAACAUGAAGCCUUUUAGAUCAGACUAACAAUAUUUUUGCUCUCUCUCGUCUUUCCCAUACAACCCAAAGCUACUGUGUUGCUCCUCUGAACCACCGAAAGGAAAUAAAAAGAAGAAGUGAAUGAAUGGCUGCAAUAGCAUGGCCCUAUAAACUCUGUCAAACACAACCCUCUUCUAAGUAACCUUCAAGCAUGCAGAUUGAUUGUAGUUAUGACCUAUCAAAACCAGUUCCAAAGCUUUGCACCUCAUCCAUCAAAUGUGAAACAAGUCACACACAUUUAAGAAAGGAGAAAGGCACAGAAACCUCUUCACUUACAAGAACACUACCAACCUUAACACCUGCAUCCUCAUCGUCAUAUUUGCCAGCCAAACAACUUUCUGAAUUCCCAAUUUCCAAAACAAAUGUGAACCAAUACCAAUUUCACUUGUCACACUCAACAACUUUAUGUGCUGCCUUGAAUAGUCCACGAGGCUUCGGACCUUCACCAAAGAAAGCAAAAAAGAUGAAGAAGUCAAAGCCCGAAAAUGAUAGUGAUGACAAAGAUGAAGACAAUGAACGAGAAGAAGGUAUAAUACCAGAAAUAGUAACAAACAGAAUGAUCAGUAGAAUGGGGUUUACAGUGGGAAUUCCCCUGUUCAUAGGACUCCUCUUCUUUCCAUUUUUUUACUAUCUCAAAGUUGGUUUAAAGAUUGAUGUUCCAACUUGGGUGCCCGUCAUUGUUUCAUUUAUCUUCUUCGGGACUGCCCUUGGGGGGGUAAGUUAUGGCAUUGUAUCAUCUAGUUGGGAUCCAUUGAGGGAAGGCUCACUUUUGGGUUGGAAUGAGGCACAGAAAAACUGGCCUGUUUUUUGGCAAUCUCUUUGGGGUGGAUCUCGCAAGAAGUAAGACCUGACUGUUUCAUUUUGGUUUCAAUAUGAACUAAUUAACAAGUUUUCUGUGUCUUUUGUCUGAGAGUGGAAAUGAUGUUGUUAUAAUUAGAUAAUCAAAGUAAAUUUUGGAGUUAUUUAGACUUAUUAUAAAAAGAAAGAAAGAAAAUUUAUAUCCUUAA